AUGGUGAAGCUGGCAACGACGCGCGAGAGCAGGAUGUACGGGACGAGGCUGGUCCGAAACCGGUGGGAGUACAUCAACGCCGGCCUCUACGUCUUCGCCGCAAUCCUCCUCACCGGCGGCUUCGCGUCGCAGCUCUCCUCAGAUGCGAGAUCCGGCCUCGUGGUUCUCCUCAUCGGCCUAGCGAUCGUCGCGGCGGUGAACGGGCACGACCUCGUCGCUCACUUGGCCGGCAUCGACUACCUGCUCUCCCUCCUGUUGCUCGAUUCCCAACUGGCGCUGGUGGAGGUCGCCGUCCCCUUGUUGCAGAUGCUCGGAUCCGCCGUCACCUUCGUUGGCAUCCUCCUCCUGUUCAUUCAGGCAAGUAGAAAAAUCUCCGCUCGCAUUUCUUUCUCGAUUCGUCCGCCACAGAGGGCUGAUCUGCUUCAUGCUCUGGCGGCAUCGCAGAGGGAGAGAGGCUACAGCCAGAGAAUGGAGAAGCAGGCGGUGAACACGCUGGUGGCGGGGCCGGCGCUGUGGUUGCUUGGAUCCAUCCACAACCUCUGUCAAGUUUACGAGAGGGCUGACGGCCACGUUCAGAUCCUGCAGAAGUUCGUCCAGAUCCCUUUCCUCAUGGGCAGCCUCCUGUUCCUGGUGGGAGGAGUCUUCAACAGCCGAGAAAUCACGGUAUCUCCAAUUCCCGUCGCGAAGCUCUUCCCCAUCCCGAUCCGUCCCUUCCGAUCGCCUGUUCUUGAUGUCGGAGGAGGAAGAUGAGGCUUGAACCGAUCUGUUCCAUUGCAGGGCGAGAGCUGGGCCUGGCUGAGCCUCAGCGGGAGCCUGUUCUUCCUCCUCGGAGGGCUGUUCAACGUGGUGAAGGUGUUCAAGAUGCAGCAGAUGGACGGGAUCAGGCUGGAGAAACUCCGCGGUGGAGCCCAAGAGAGGCUGAUCACUGAGAGGGAAGGUCAAGUUCCCCUCAUCUUGGAAGAAGCCCGCCGGCAGCGAGGAGAGGAGGCGGCGCCGCCGCCACCUCCCUCUACACCCUACAAGGACGUCCUCGUCGGUCGAUCAUGA